CGGCUUUCGGCCUGUCUCAUUAACCCAUUUCUCUCAGCUCACUGUUUCCUUCUAGGAAUUAUGCACCGCUGCUUUCAGAUUCUCGAGAUAUUGGUCCACCUACUAUGUUGUGUUGAUAGCAAAGAGCCUCUCUCCAGGCUAGCUAGGACAUGCAAGCUGUUCAAGGAACCUGCGCUUGAUGCUCUCUACGCUGUGGUCGACGACUUUUGCGAUCUGCUCAUGUGUCUGCCCCGAGACGCCCUCAUCUUCACACCACAUGGAUCUGGAUUGGACUUGCUUGGCUUUCAGCGCGACAUUUCCACAAGUGACUGGAACAUUCUAAUGCAAUACACCUCUCGCGUUCGUAUUCUUCGCGGACUCUGGGGCUUUGACACUCCCUUUCCGAAUCCAAACGUGUUGAUCACGGAUGAAGCGUGCCAAGCACUAUCGAGCUGCCCUCUUCCCUCAGGCACUUUGUUUCCCAAGCUGCGCACCCUACGACUCGUCGAGCCUGGAGAUGCUCAACUAGAGAUGAUGCGUUCUAUUCUGCUAGGAACCCGGCUCAUCCAUCUCUUCAUCCACAGCUGCACCUUCUUCGCCGGCGAUUUCAGUGGGCAGGUCCCUGAUUUAGCAUCCCGCGCCCCAUCGCUCGAAACGCUCGUGAUAGAGUUUGAUGAGAAGUCGGACCUGCUGGUCGACGAGAAGCCUGUCGAGACGACCACGGCGAUGGCCAACAACAUUUGCCAGCUGCAACGGAUCAGAACUAUACAAUGUGGACCCGUCAAUGAAAGGCUUCUGGAGCACUACGCGUCACUACCGGAGCUCAAUGCUUUGACCAUCCAGGUCUCGCAUGACUCACAGUGGCUUGCGUCGCAAGGUCCCCCGUACCGUAUGCCACAGUCGCUAACGAUUCAAGCUAUACAGUACGAAACGGGCGGACGAGCGCUCCGGAGGUUGGCGGGUACUACACCGUCUGCUACACCGCAGACGGCAUUCAAACUCCGCCUCCGUACCGUCAAGUUCGACGCUAUGUGGCCUUUCGGUUCAGCUGAACCCUUGGCAUCCUUCACUACAGCCCUUGCGUCCUGCGCAUGCCCUGGCCACCUCACGGAGGUCACCAUCUCGAAUGCUUGCGAUAAUGCUGACAGUGAUGUCAUUGAGCCUGACGAGGCGUAUUACCCCGUUAAAAUUGACGACCUCCAGCCUUUGACACAUCUCUCGAACCUGAGGCGACUCUCCCUUGUGUAUAGUGUUAUCCCAAUACUCGGUGGCCAGCAUGGCCAGCUGCUGGACCUGCUUCCAUCCUGGCCUCUUCUUGAGACGCUCGAGAUAAGGCCGUUCUCGCUCAGCGCCACAACGCUCAUAAUCGUGCUUACGGAUCUGCCCAACCUAUCCAAUCUCGCCAUCGACGUCGUGAUAGAAGACGCAGAACUCGAGACCAUUUUUGAGAAGCUGGACUUUCGCACUCUUCCCACGAAUGAGAGGAUAAGUGCCCUCAGCAUUCACAAUCGCACGGACAGAAAUAUGAAGUCUUUGGAACCUCUCUUUCAUCGACUCGUUCCCCGAGUAAUGUGGUCUGGAGACUGAUACUAUACAUCUUUUUCCACUGUAGUGUGCUGCCCUUGUAUACAUCAAUUGUACCUC